AUGACCGCUUUGUUCCACGAUAUGAUAAACAAGGAAAUGGAGGUCUACGUAAACGACAUGAUCGUCAAAUCUCGCACAAUCGAAGGACAUUUCAAAGACCUCGAGAAGCUCUUCAACAGGCUAGAAAAGUUCAAGCUCCAUCUCAACCCGCAAAAGUGUCUUCGGUGCAACCGGAGGAUCGCAAAAUGGAAAUUAUUGCUCUCUAAGUUCGACAUCACCUAUGUCACUCAGAAGGCAAUCAAAGGGCAAGCACUGGCUGAUCAUCUAGCAACACAUUCUCUGCCUGAUUAUCAACCACUGAAGACCUUCUUCCCUGAUAACGACAUCCUCUUGAUUGAGGAAGAAGAAGAAAGAAAGGCAGGAGAGUGGACGCUCUUCUUUGACGGAGCUGUAAACUCGAAAGGGAGUGGGGUAGGCGCCAUACUCUACUCUCCCGAGGACGUCCCAGUUCCCAUAUCCAGGAGGUUAGCAUUCCAAUGCACCAACAAUGUAGCUGAGUAUGAAGCAUGUAUCGCCGGUCUAAGAGAGGCUAUAAUACUCAAUGUAAAGAAGUUACGGCUCUUCGAGGACUCGCAACUCAUCAUCAAUCAGACGAAUGACAACUGGAAGACCAAGGAUGAAAAGCUGAUCCUAUACCAUAUCUAUCUGGAGAAUUUAAUCGAAGAGUUUGAAGAGAUCUCAUUCUCUUACAUGCCCUGA